AUGGAUGAUAUACCAUUAGUUGAUCAUUUUGCACUUAUCGGUGUUGGGAGUACAGGUCCUAUCGAACGAGAUGAUUUGCUUCCAGCAGCAUCAUCGCCAACAACAGAUACAUCUAUAUCAUUACCAUCUAGAAAUUAUGAUUUAACGCCGCAACAUCAACAACCCAUUGUUGAUAUCGUGAUUAUCGAUCGAACACAUGGAGAAGAUCCACCAGCUGGCUAUGAAUCAAUAUUGACAACUCCGAGUAAAUUUUCCGCGAAUCUCAAUCAUAGCGGAUUACGUAACUAUGAAAUGUUUUUAUGUAUUCGACGUGGACGUGAUAAACCACCCAUCACAGAUAUUGGAGUUUUAUUGGAAGGAAGAGAAAAGGUUAUGGAAAAUGUUUCAGUUAUUGAAACAACGCCGCAUGGAUAUCCAGCGAGUAUAUACAGUUCAUCGUUUAGUAAAGAGCGUACUUUAAUUACAUAUCGACGUGCUGCUUCAUUGAUUUUUUGCAAUACUUUGGCUGUUACAGAUAUUUGUGUUAUUAUUGAGAGCAAGGGUGAAACUCCUCCACAUUCAUUUAAUAAAAUAAAUAAAAAUCUAAAUCGCUCAAUGCUUGGCUCAAACAUCUUUCUUUGUUAUAAAAAAUCUGUUAUUUAUCCUGUACGUAUACAAUAUCGUCCACGUAUUCUUUAUACGUUUCCACCAACCGACGAUGAUCCAUAUUGUGUAUUUCCUGAUAAGACGCCUCUAUUCUGUUUUCCUAUGGGUGCAUUUAUUGAACGAUGGCCAUCAAAAGUGACCUUACAAAGUGUCACACCAACGUUUUCAACAUUUCUUUUAUCGAACACCAAAAAAUAUGGUGCUUGCAUAUCAUUUUAUGAACUUUUUACUGCAUACGAUCGUUUGUUAUUAACUAACAAUGAUUUAUUAAAUCGUUUGGAUGUUGAUAAUGAUCAUUUAUAUGCAUCAACGAGUAUUGUUAUUUUUUCUCGGCAUCCUAUUUUCGAUACAUUGCGACGAUUCUUAUUUCUCAUCUAUCAAUUAAUUGUUUCAUCGGGUAUGACAACAACUAGUAAUAAUCAAUUGAUUGAUCGUAUACCGUUAAUUGAACAGUACUUGAAACAUUUCUUUUAUAAUGUACCAUUUCCAUCGCCAUCAAAGCCGAGAAUAUUUGUGCAAUACGAUGAACCAUUAUUAAUUGUUCUACCCGAAGAUAAUGGUCUACCACAAAAUGGUGCAUCAUUUGUUGAUCUUCUAAGAAAUUUAGGAACAGAUAAUACAUUAACUUUAUUUUUAUUUGCUUUAUUGGAAUCCAAAUUGCUUAUUCAUUCAUUAAGAUCAUCAGUAUUGACUGGUGUCGUUGAAGCAGUGAAUUGUAUGCUCUUUCCAUUCCAAUGGCAAUGUCCAUAUAUACCAUUAUGUCCCCUAGCCUUAAGUGAUGUACUAAGUGCACCAUGUCCUUUUAUUAUUGGUAUUGAUUCACGUUAUUUUGAUCUAUGUGGACCACCUCAUGAUGUUAUAUGUGUUGAUUUGGAUACAAAUAUGAUCAUCGGAGGAACUGAAGAACAAAAACAUUGGCCUAUAAAAAUGUUUCCAAAGAAACCGUUUCGAUUACUAAAACAAUCAUUAAAUGAAAUAGAAUCCCAAGUACUUACUGCAUAUCAUCAACGUUUAUACGAUAUACGAACACGUUUAAAACGUAAUCGUAAUGAUUUCGAAUUACGCAUACAAAUGGUUCAACUUGAACGCAAUAUGGAAACACGCAUACGUGAGGUUUUUCUUCGUUUUAUGUGUACAUGUUUUUAUGGUUAUAAACAAUUCUUACGGCCAAUCUUACGUCGACCCAAUCAAUUAUCAACUGAUGCGUCUGUUCUAUUUGAAUUCGAUAGCUUUUUACAUUCAAGAGAUUCAUCCUAUUCGAAAUUUUACUCUCAUAUAUUACAUACGCAAAUGUUUAGUCGUUUUAUUGAAGAACGUUCAUUUUUAUCAUCGAGCACGUUAAAUCAAACAUCGCUAGUUAACGAUAAUCUUCAUCAUAAUUAUAGUUUAGCGUUUUUCGAUGAAUGCUGUACAAAAAUGAAAGCCAUUAUUGAAAAUAAUGAACCACAAACAUUCUUUUUACUCGAUACACAUGAUACGAUAAAGAAUGUUCUAAGCGAAAAAACAACAUUAAUAUUACCAGAAUUUCUCGAUCCUAAUCAUUCGGGAGUUAAUGUCCAUAAUGACAGUAAACAGAAUAAAACUAUGAAGAAUGGAAAUCGAAUACAUCCUCAAGAAAAAAAAGAUCUCACAAAUUUAAAAUCACAACAAGAACAAUCACAAACGUCAUCGAUAAAAUAUAUACCGAAUAGUCCAAUGGUGAAACGAUCGAAGUUCGAGAGAGAUAAAUGUCAAAAGGUUGCUCGAGAAAAUAAAACAAAAGCUACUCAAUGGGCUUAUUGUUUAUUAUCAAAUGUUUAUUCACUGUGGUUUAUGCAUUUACCUACGAUGAUUGAAUGUUAUACAAAUCCACGAGAUAUUUUAAAUUAUGCUUAUAAAAUUCUUGUUCAAAUGAAUCGACAACAUUUAACAGAUCCUGAUGAAAUUUGUUUUCGUGUUAUUAUUCAACUGUGUGGUAUUUAUGAUUAUCCUAUACUUGCUGUUAAAAGUUAUUCAUUUAUGAAGAAAACCGGUAUCGAAUGGAAUGCUGUUACCUAUGGUGCUUAUAAUAAAGCUGUUUAUGAAGGUACAUGGGAACGACGUGAUCGUUGGGCAACAUUACGAUCAGUAAUUCGAGCUGUAUGGGCAUUUAAAACUGCUCAUCGUUAUAGAACAAAUCAUCGUAAUCGUCGCUCAUCGGCAUCGUCUUUUGAUGACGAUGAUGAUGAUAGUGAUGGUGCAAUGAGUGCCGAUUCUCAUCCUAUAUUUCCAAAUGCAAGUUGUAUUCCAACAAAGUCACUCGGUUCGACUGAUAAUGUCAGAGAUAAUCGUGCUAAUGCUUCUGCUCAAGAUGAUACAUUAUCAAGUGUAUUUUUAUCAUUAGCUGGAACAAUAAAGGAUAUAACCGAGAGUCCCUAUUUUCCAAAAAUGGCCUUUAAAAAACUUCCGUCAGUUGAUGGAAAUACGGAUAAUAAAAUUUUUCGUACAACAAAUAACAAUGGUAAUAUUAUUGAAACAGCAGAAAAACGUUCACUAUCAAAUAUAUUUGAUAUGCCAGCUAAACUUGAUUUUAGUACACUCCAAUCCAUUGCUUAUCGAACAGCACGUUCUGAUGCUGGUAUAUUAAUGACAACUAGUGAUAUUGAAAUAGGAGAUAUUGGUAUGCUUUCAUACCGUUUACCGGUCGCCCCAAAAUCUUCUCAGAUACAUAAUCCGCCAACAAUAGCUCGGCGGUCAAUUUCGUGCCUUAACAAUCAACAAGACCCAACUGCGUCAAUUAAAUGGGAAUUAACGUCGCGAACACAAGUUUUAUCUAAUGAUCCACUCGGUUUACUAAAUCCAAUUCCAGCAGUUCAUACACCUCAAUUAAUUGUUAAUCGAACAUCUUCGACAGUAGAAAAACCAUUCGCUAAUUCAUCAUCAGAAAUAAAAUCCAAUGUAAAUUAUGUUGUAAAAGAAGAGGAAGAAAGCUCAUCUCAAUCUUAUAUUCCAUCUUUAACACAAUUACGUGCAAGACUAAAUCAAAGUGGCUUGUCAGCUUUGUACAGUCCGAAAAAUCUCAAUACAAUCAAAACGUUUGCAUUGGAUCGUUUUACUGAUUUGAAAUCAUCAGUUAAAUAUACAACUAUUCCUUUAACACAAUCGAAAAGUCUUUAUGCAGUUAAAAAUCAAAUAAUCAAUAAAGAACGAACAUUAGCGAGAAAUAAUAGUAAUAGCAAGCUACGUGGUAGUGUGUCAUCGUUGAUAUCCCAACAAAGUUCAAAUAGUUCAUCGUUAAAUACCAAUAAUAUAAAUGGACUUGAUAUUAAUAAUGUUCAUAAUGACAUCAAAGCACUACGCAUCGAUCCAUCAAGUGUUGCAAUACCAAUAAAUAAUAAUAAUGAAGAGAAUUCACAUUUUCCCAUUCGUAUUGUUGAAAUCAGUAGUUGUAAUCGAUGUUCAGGAUGUCAUCAAUUUUUGUACGAUGAAGAGAUUAUGAAUGGUUGGUCACCAGAUGAUUCUGAAUUACAUACAAGAUGUGUUCAUUGUGGCGAAAAAACGAUACCAAAAUUAAGUAUAAAUAUCAGAGAGAAUACGCCUAUUAUUAGUAAUACAAAUGCAACAAAAGAUGAUUCAACAGUAACAACACCAACAAAUAAUAUGACACAACAAAGCAUGAUUGAAAAAAUGAAACAAUCAUUUCGUCUACAACCAUCGUCACCUCCUAUAAUGGUACAUUAUUUAAGUCCACUCGUUCUUCGUAAAGAGCUGGAAAAUAUAAUUGAAACACAUGAUCCAAAUAACAGUGACUUAUAUAAAAUAGAUUUUAAAGAAAAACAUCCAAUUUUAUUUUGGAAUUUGAUUUGGUUUUUUCGACGUAUUCAUGUAUCAAGUUAUUUGUUUCAAAUGCUUUCACGGUCACUAUUAAAUCCAUCGGACAAUGACACGAAGCGAGAUUUUAAGAAGGAUAAAUGCAUUUUGGGACAAGAAUUGUUUGAAGAUAAAAAUUCAAUACGUAUACGUUGUAUGUGGGAUAGUGCAAUAAGUCAUAGUGAUAUUGCUGAACCCAUGUAUAAAACAUGGGAACAUGAUGGUUAUGAUAGUUGUCAUACGCCAGUCGCCAAUGCUCUAAUUACGGAUGAGCAUAGCACUGUCACUGGAAAAGUAAUACGAUCGAUUGUUGCAUGUAUUGAACAAAAUGAUCUUGAUAAUCCAAUUCGAUUAUUUAUAAAAGAAUCAUCGAAAUCGAUUCGUCGACGUAUUCACCGACGUUCAAUGUACAGAGAAAUUCUAUUUUUAGCGAUUGUGGCACUUGGACGGGACAAAUUUUCUCAUGAUGUUUUCGAUCGUGAAUAUAAUAAUGUAUUUCAAAAAUUAAAUGACAAACAACGUCAACUUAUCUAUGACUUUGAUAGGUGUCCGUCAUUAGCUGCUGUUAUGUGUCGUCGAUUAUUUUCUUCAUUAGAACUUUAA